UUACCCAAGGCUAUUCCCUUGAAUGAUCCAGGCGACAACAAACAGACCUCUCUGACCCGACCUCGGCAAACGGCUGGUGGAUCUUCCUUGAAACAGUCAAAUAUUUCGUUCAACCUGAGACUAAAGGUAGAAGAGGAGCCAAAUGAUGAAUACAAUGAUACACUCCUGGCACGCGAGAAGAUCGCCAAUACGAUAUGGCUAUUGGCAGGCCUGUCCGAAGAUACCCGGCGUGUGACCAGCGCUUCAAUCGGGAUCCAGACAUUGAUCGAAUUUAUUGAGGCAGGUUCGCUCUCAGUUUUGCAGUCUGAAUGUUUUCAUGUGGUAUUAAGUCAAUGCUAUAUUGUUUUGUGA